AUGAGUGGUUUGCCGAAAGAUGAGGAAUCUUUUUGGCAUGAUGGCAAAAGUUUCACAGACAUCUCCCAAUUGAUGACAGUGCAUGCAUCAUUAUGUGACACAGUGAUGCUCAUAAACACUGCUUAUGGUGUUGUUGCGCUUAUGAUUACAAUCACCUGCCUAAUACAUUUAAUCAUUACACCGUAUUUUUUAAUAAUGGAAGCUGAUGGUAGACGUGAACCAUUGUUCCUUGCGGUACAAGGAUUAUGGUGCAUCUUUCAUAUUUGGAGAUUAUUCAUGAUCGUACAGCCUACGUACGCUGCUACAACACAGGGAAAAAAAACAACUGUUUUAAUCAGCCAGCUACUGUCAAUAAGUUGCGACAAAGAAAGCAGGAAACAAUUAGAGAUAUUUUCACUUCAGCUUCUACACCGUCCGUUAGAAUUCUCAGCGUGUGGACUUUUCACUUUGGAUCGAACUCUUGUAACAUCAAUAGCUGGUGCUGUCACAACGUAUCUUGUGAUACUUAUACAGUUCCAAAAAGAAGAUGAUACGAAAGAUAAUUUCGACUACAUCUUAAAGAAUGCCACGCAAAUGUUGAAGAACGCCUUGAUGCUUCAUAAUUUCUCGGCAGGAAGAUAG